GCCUUUACUCCAACUCUUAGCUGCUCAUUGUCACUGAAGGUAUGGAGAGUGAAAGCAUUGAGGCCUUUAUUCAACCAAAGAACUUUGGCAGUAACAACAUCAUGAUCUUCCACCACUGCUAGUGUUCAUUACCCUCACAUUUUUGUGAUGUAUCCUGGUGCAAGAGAAGACCGCAAUGUGGAGAGUACACAGUGCUCUGGAUCUACCGGGGCAACAACGAACACAGGGCCUCUGUGUACCAACCGGACAAAAACGCAGCAGACCUCUACGACUUGUCUUCCCCAGUCCAUCAUGGUGGUCCAUUCCACGCCCACAGGGGAGAAAAUUCAUUGUGAGAGCUACUUGAUAAAUACGGAGGCAGACAGACCUACACUUAAAGACAAUGUGCCAGGGACUUUUCCUGAUUUUGGACCAGCCAAGAAACGCUACAAAAGCACCACAGAUAUCCCUUGUCCAGGGAGCGUUUGCUUGCUGCCUCCCUGCUCUCCUGGCCUCACAGACAAAGAGCAGAGCACUUGGCGUCGCUGUUCAUUGAACGAAACCAACAAUGUCUCACGGUUCCGUCGUCAUGCCCUGAGUGUCCCCAACAUGGGCUCCUCCAGUCCCCUUCAUUUCAUCAACAGCAGUCCUCUCCACAGCAGCCCACUUUCUCCAGCACACAGCAACAUAUCUAGCCCUGGAAGAGAAAUGGAGAAGAUUGCCAAGGCUCGAAGUAAACUCCUGGAGAGUGAAAGCAACCAAACACCCAGACUUCCCCCAGAAAUCAGAGACCAACUUCGCUACGUGUCCAAGGACGGGAAGUGCAGAGUCAACCUGGGCCACAUUGAUGAAAGGGGGCGUUUUCUGUCUGACAUUUUUACUUCUUUUGUGGACCUCCAGUACCGCUGGUUUCUAUUUGUAUUCAUGAUGUGCUAUAUAACUACCUGGUUCUUAUUUGCUUUGCUCUAUUAUGUUAAUGCCUUCAUUCGAGGUGACCUAGGACAAGAGCAAGUUGGUACCACUCAGAACAAACAUGGAGACCAAAAUCUCUGCUACAUUGGUGUGGAUGGUUUCGUAUCGGCUCUCCUCUUCUCCGUGGAGACGCAACGUACCAUUGGUUAUGGCUCACGGACUGUUUCCCCCACCUGCCAAGAGGGAGUGCUGCUGGUCAUGAUGCAGUGCAUCGUCGGCUCCAUGAUCGAUGCCCUCAUGGUGGGUUGCAUGUUUGUGAAAAUAUCCCGUCCCAAAAAGCGAGCCGAGACGCUUCUUUUCAGCCGCACAUGUGUCAUUGCAAACCGUGACGACCAGCUAUGCCUGAUGUUUCGCCUCGGAGACCUGCGAGAAAGUCACAUGGUGGAUGCGAAGGUUCGAGCAAAGUUAAUCAAGUCCCGUCAGACAACCGAGGGGGAAUUCCUGCCUCUUGAACAGACGGAGAUUGACCUUGGCUAUGAAACCGGGUCAGACCGACUUUUCCUGGUUGAACCUCAAGUAAUUAAGCACAACAUUGAUGUCUCCAGUCCACUGUGGGAACUGGGCCCCGAGCAACUUAUACGACAGCAAUUUGAGAUAAUCGUCAUCUUGGAAGGAAUCGUUGAGGCGACAGGAAUGAUGUGCCAAGCCAAAACAUCUUACAUUGAAACAGAGAUUGAGUGGGGUGCUCGCUUUGAACCGUGCAUGACGCUAGAAAAAGGCUCAUUUCGAGUGGAUCUGCGCCGGUUCCACACCACCUACAAGGUACCGCUGCCUAACUGUAGCGCCAGCCAAGCACACCAACUGAUGGUGCUGGCAGGGUGCAAAGCCCAAAGCCACCAGGCCUGCAAAGACUGGGAAGCUUGGGCAGAGGGAACGGCUGUGGAAGAUAAAGACAAGUCUCCAUCUCACAUUCGGUUUACUAUCGGCGACAUUCAGGAGGAAAGAAUGUCCGAAGGUAAUGAAAGUGAAGCAAGUGCAGAGCAAAUGUUAUGAAAAAGUCUUAUGCAGUACGUUUAGCAUUUUCCCCCUUUAAUAUAUUUAUAGUUUAACUUAUUAACUAAUAGAAACUGUGGUUAGGCCUGUUUUCAUUGACAUGUAACUAAAGCAAAAGCGUAAAUAAAAUGUUAUAUGAACAAAUG